UCAACCCAAACUUGAUUAAAACGGGUCGCUAGCAUUGCCCCAUUUGCCACACCUUGAUAUUCACAGAAGCCCUAAUUCUUCACUCGAAUAGGGGCCAGGGCAUUUUCUUCGUUCCGCUCUCUGUUCAGUGUUCACAGCCGCCGGGGGAGAUGAAGUUCAAUAUUGCAAACCCUACUACGGGAUGCCAGAAGAAGCUAGAAAUUGACGAUGAUCAGAAACUUCGAGCUUUUUUUGACAAGAGGAUCUCCCAGGAGGUUAGCGGAGAUGCUUUGGGCGAGGAGUUCAAGGGCUAUGUAUUUAAAAUAAUGGGAGGAUGUGACAAGCAAGGUUUUCCAAUGAAGCAAGGAGUUCUGACUCAAGGCCGUGUCCGUCUUUUGCUUAGCCGAGGGACCCCCUGCUUCCGUGGGCAUGGUAGGAGAAAUGGGGAACGUAGGAGGAAAUCAGUUCGUGGAUGCAUUGUUAGCCCAGACCUUUCAGUUCUGAACUUGGUUAUUGUGAAGAAGGGUGAGAAUGAUCUUCCUGGACUGACUGAUGUGGAGAAACCAAGAAUGAGAGGUCCAAAGAGGGCAUCAAAGAUCCGGAAGCUGUUUAACCUCUCCAAGGAGGAUGAUGUUCGGAAAUAUGUUAACACGUACCGUCGAACCUUCACAACAAAAUCUGGUAAAAAAUGCAGCAAAGCUCCCAAAAUACAGAGGCUGGUUACCCCACUGACUUUGCAGAGGAAACGGGCAAGGAUUGCAGAGAAAAAGAAGAGAAUUGCAAAGGCCAAAGCAGAGGCAGCAGAGUAUCAAAAGCUUCUUGCCAGCAGGUUGAAGGAGCAGCGAGAACGCCGAAGUGAGAGCUUAGCAAAGAGGAGAUCAAAACUCUCUGCCGCUUCUAAGCCAUCAAUUUCAGCUUAACUCACUGUCGUGCAAUUGUUAGUAUUUUGAUCAAUUAAUUCUGUUGUCUUUUAUCUGGACACCUUAGCCAUGUUGAGGUAAUUUGGCAGUCCUUUAGAUUCAAGGUCUCGUUUACUUUACUACUAAAUACCUGGGAUUUUGAACGCGCUGGUGGAUUCUAUAUGGUAUUCUGUGUUACAUUUUAAUUAGGAAUUUCCAUUCAUUUUUUU